AUGGAUGUUCACAGAUCCAAAAUUCCUCGUCAAUCGUUGUACCAGUUGCAUUUGCUUAUUUCCAGUACCAGGAAUCCCUUAAUAAACGACCCUGAAUUGGCCGUCAUCAAUUUCGGGAUAAUUGAAAAAAUUGUGCUAGACAUUUUAGCAAGUCAAAUUGGUUUCACAUAUGAAAUUAUUCGUCCACGGGACAUUUUAACAUCCGGCUUCCUUCAGUCGAACGGUUCCUGGACGGGAACCACAGGGCAGUUACAACGCAAGGAAGUUGACAUGUGCGUGACUAUGAGUGCACCUGCAUCUAGUAAGGCAAAGGUCGUAGACAUUUCGUAUCCAGUGGUGUAUGCAGACUCCGCUAUACUUGUCCCUUUUCCAAAAGAGAACAGUAGAACAUGGUUUGGAACAUCAUCAUUUCAGCUUCCGGUUUGGAUUGUCAUUUUAGUUACCCUCGUUGCUACCACCGUGGUUUCGUGGAUUAUCAUUCGCGUACACAGUUCAAGAUUGGGUGUUACGGCUCCCACUUUGGGUUAUUGGGUUGUUUAUUAUUUCGGAUUAUGGACAUCCCAAAGUAUUACUCCGAGAGGUUCCACAACACCGUUUCGAAUACUUUGCUUGGCCACCAUAUUUGGGAUUUACAUCACCAUGAAUUAUUUUACGGCAUCAUACACUUCUAUUCUGUCGACACCAGUAUUUAAACCGGCUAUUAACUCUAUUGAAGAUUCGGCCAAAAGCACUACGGUUAAAACUCUUCUAAUCAAAGGAUCGAGCACGGACGAACACAUCAUGGCAUCGUCGAAUCCAACGCUAAAGAGGCUUGCUGAUCAAAUGCGACGCCAUCCUGAAAGACGAAUCGUCAAUGCCUUGAUGGUAGAUGAUAUCGCUGAAAUCGUGAAGGACAAUACGGCUUUGGUCAUGGUCGAAUCCAAUGCAGAAUCUCUAAUUGAAAGUAGCUACAAAAUCAAUCGCAAAUGUCUCGUCACUCUGGCAGAAAAAACCUUCUUUGGUCGCCCACAAGUCUUUACCUAUCCGAAGAACAGUCCGAUAGCCAAAGCAAUUGACUAUGAGCUACUACUGAUGCAUCAAGCUGGAUUGAUUCAAUAUGCCGAGCGAACUGCCAAAUCGCAGAAUCCUUGCCGCGUCUCUGAUGUGACUACUGAUCAAGCUAAAAAAAUUGCCCCACUUGGCCGGAAGGAAAUGAGUGGAUCUCUUGUCAUCGUGGCAUUGGGCAUGGCUAUAAGUUUCUUCGUUUUUCUUAUCGAGUUGAUCAUCGCAAAAAUUCAGAAGGCAUUUGCACGCAAAUAAUCUGAUGUCAUUUUGCCUGCAUUAGUAUACGACCGUCUGUUGUAAAACACCUGAUAAUUACUUGUUUUUCUUACUGGCUUAGCCAGUACUAAUCGACAA